ACACACACACACACACACACUACAGACAAUAUUUCAUUUUAGAGUAGAAAUAGGGAGGGCAACGAAGUCUUACAUCACUAAAAACACAUUUUCAACAUGAGAAAAAAAUGCACAUCCUAUUUGGGAUUUUCCCAGAGCACUCUUUGCAACCUUUGUAGUCCUGCUUUCAUUCAUUAAAAAAAAAAUAAACACAUUCAUCAAAUCAUAAAUAACAUAGAUCUACGACUCUCUUUCCUCUUUGCUUUAUCAUGGAAGCAAAAAGAAGGAAGGCCUUGAUGAUCCCAACGAGAGGGUUGUGAAUCACAGAGCGGCUGUUGGAUAUGGAGGAAAAACAAAAUAGCGAGACGUUUCCUUUUCUCCUAGACUACGUCGAAAAUAUUCUGCUUGCCGCUUCCUUCCCCUGCUUUUGUGAAACGAUGGGAAUUAAGAACAGUGUUUUUCAGAAUUUUUUCUUCAUGGAAUUUUGCUCGAGAAUUAUCAGUCUAAGAACAUGCUACUCAUGAAAAAGUAGGUUACUGAGUAGAAAUUUUGUUAGAUGAAACUGUCGUGUGUGUUAGAUGAAUAUAGACAUACGACGGCCAUAGCAUAGUGCGUUCAGAUUUUGCAUGAGAAAACUGAAACCUGAAGGUCAAUAAUUUUUAGUAGAAGACGCCGACACUCCAAAUGGUUGUGAUUAGAUCAAACAGAAGAGAAAGCUGACUGGUUCGAUUUACAGAAAGACAGCAGUAAAGAUCUUCAAAAUCGUAUAUUAUAUUAAUAUCUUGGGUGAAAAACAUACAGUUUAGUCAUCAUGGAAAAAAGCGCUGGUUUGACGUUCGCUGAAGCUUACUACCUUCAAAAACAGAAGGAGGCGGCUAGGAUCAGGAUGAGGAUGGAUGAAGGACUAGAUCUGUCCAACGAGGAUCAGCUGAACAAUCUCAUGACAAAGAUCAUCAACAGCCUAGAGGCGGGCCCCCCAAAACUUCUCCAAAGCAUCCGAUCGUUGCUAAACAAGGUAUCGGGGAACUACGCGCCCCUCGUCACCGGCUGGCGUGAUGGCAACCGGCUCAACAUCUUGCACUACUGCAUCAUGUACAACAGACCUGAGAUACUCAGCUUCUUGUUGUCGGAAACCUACUUUUUCCCGCCCAGUCACCAACCCUCGAUCUGUCCUUACGCCCAUCUGGCUGCCUCUCUGGGCAUGACGGACUGUUUGAGGAUCAUCCUGGACGAGCGACCCAGCGACUUCUUCAAGGCCACUCUUCCAAAGCACGAGGUGAGAAUACCGGAAGCGCUCAAAAAGAAACUGAACUGGCAAGACAACUUGAGUAGCAGGUGGACCAACAACAUGGACUCAAUUCUGAAAAUGAUUAAAUCCUAUUCCGAAGAGGCCGAGACGAUGGCAGAGCUGAACCAGGGAACGGGUAAAGGUAAGAAAAACGACCUGGGCGACCUGGGCGACCUGGGCGACCUGGACGAAGAGCUGGACAACAUGGAGCGGGACUUUUCCAAGAGGACCAAACAGCGGAACAAGCGGAAGAACGUGUCCAUGGUCUCCAGAGAACACACGAGCGUUACAAAAGCGGGCGGCCAACCCGAGUCUUCCCCUCCGCCUCACCCACACCGGGACAAGAACAAAGGGUCGGCCAUGCCCGAAUCGGUGUGCGACAAGUUAUCUAGACGACGUCGGCUAACGCCGCUGAAGAAAAAAGAACAUCGCCUCUUUAUCUAUUUGGACAUUUUCCAUGACGCACCUCCCGGGGUCAUCGGCGGCGCUGGAGUCCCAGCCCAUGUGACGAUGUCUGAGAGUGCCCAAAACUUCGACGCUGUAGCCUUCCUAAAGAGCAACACUAUCAACCCAGUGGACAGGUUGAGCGCCUCACCCGAACGAAGACACCAGCGAGGGAAAAGCAAAAGCGGAAAGAAAACAGCUGAUGUGAGUCGGGAAAACAGCAGCAUCUCCGUGUUCACCCCGAAGCCGUCGAAAUCCGUGUCCAGAGACAAGCUAUCGAAGCCUCGCACGAGUCACGUGUUUGACGAGGGGACGGAGCAGCAUCCGAAACUCGAGAUGGGCGUGAGGGGGACGAAGAAGUACAAGCCAUUUCGGCUGAAGAAAGAACACCGAUCGGUGGUCGAAGAAAAGGUUCCGGACAAACCCUACAUGAACAAGAGCCCGCUCAGCCUGGCUUCCGAGCGAGGUCACAUCGAAUGCGUUCAGCUGAUUCUGGACAACGUGAUACUGAAGCAAAACCCGCAGAUGAUCGCACACGAGCCGCUCUCCCUCGCCACCAAGGCCAGGUCACCGGGGAGCAUCUUGUUGCUGCUCACCAGAAAGUGCUCCCCGACAGACUACCAAAGCGCGGUGCUCACCGCCAUAAGAGAACUCUUCCCGGACUGCCUCGCCGCUCUCCUCUCCUCGCAAAGCAGGGAGCGCCAGAUGCUGUUUGAGGGGACCAACUUGUUCCACAUCCUCUACUCCCAGAGCCUCAUCGCCGACUACCGCUACGAGGUGAUGCCCGAAAUGACCCGUGUUCUGAUCGCCUGUGGUGAGGACGUGAACUCGCGCAAAGCGCCCCGAACCUACCCGAUGUACACUCUCAUUAAAUGCGCCUUUAACAUUACCGUUGGCCAACAGAUAUUCUUCUACAUCGAAUGCCUGGAAAUCUUAUUGGACGCGAAAGCGAAUCCGCAUUACGACGAAAUCCAAGGAGAGAAAUGUGCGUCCAAAGCGUGUUUUUCCGUGUCCCGGAAGGGAUACACCUCAGCGAUCCAGUGCGUCAUGGAAAACGCACGAGAAUCCGUCAAUUUCUUCGAGAGUUCUUACUGGUCCAAGCUGUUCAUGAAAAAGAUAGUCACGACCAUCGAGUCCCGCGACAGGACCACUCGGCGCGUCCUCAACAACGUCCUCUUUGAGUACAUGGACGCUGUGAUCUCCCUGGGUCUGAACCGCACCAUUCUCAGAACGCUGCUCAGGUACGGCGCCAACCCAGACUCUCAGCUGGACGGCAGGUAUGCCAUGAACGUAUUCUUCGACAACGUCCUGCCCUACCUGACGCGCUUCCAGGUGAUCGACUCGUACGAGCGCUACCAGACCGAGCUCAGCCACCUGGUGCUCAUGUGCCGCGCCAUGUCGCAAACCAACCUGAAGGAGGCUUUCAUGAUCUUCCUGGACGACCACCUGCUGACCACGCCCAUCCAGGGGCUGCCCGUCUGUCGGUACUUCUGCUACUUGGCACACGGCAUGCUGAGGGCGCCGCGGAGUCUCAAGGACGAGGUGUCCCUCUGGCUGUGGAAGCGACUCAAGAGAAACGAGCGACUGGUCAAGAAGCUCCCGGUGUCCUCAGAGAUCAUCUCCUUCAUUUUGCCGUGAGCUCCGGCAG